AUGCACCACUGGCCCUGUGCAUCGCUCCUCAUCCUUGCCCGCAGCACGAACGGCAGACGAUGUGGCCGACUCUUCGUCCUCAACGAAAUCAAGGGCCUUAGGGGCGCAGAUGCCAAUUCGGGCUGCAUCAGCAUCCGCAAACUCGUGCGGCCGGAGUCUCUGGUGGCGGCGUUGGUGACGUCCUUCACGGAGGACGUCGAGUGGGUGCUCUCCGUCAUUCCGCCCACCAUCCCGAUCACUCUCGUGCGCCACUGGGAGGAACCGGACAGGGAAGGCGAGGUGCGGAUCAGCAGGAACAUCAGGGUCAUCCAUCCGCCCCUGGCGUUGCCCGGGUUCGGCGGCGGCCAGGCCAUGCGCGCCAAGAUGCACGCCAAGCUCAUGCUCCUCCGGUAUCGCGACAACACCCUGCGCGUCGUCGUCACCUCAGCCAACCUCGCCCAGCCGGACUACGAACUGGUGGGCCAGACGGUGUGGUACCAGGACUUCCCCAAGAAGCAGCAGAAGAGCAGCGGCCAGCAGCCGGCCAGUCCGUUCGAAGAGACGCUCACGCAGUUCUUGGUCGCGCUGAAGGCCGACGAAGGGUUCCUGCGGGAGUACGACUUCAGCAAGGCCGCGGCCGACCUGGUCGUCAGCGUGCCCGGCUUCCACCGAGGCAAGCACAAAAUGGACGCGGUGGGCCAUACGCGCCUGCGGGCGCUGCUCAGGGACUUCCAGUGGCCGCCCGCCGACGAACUACGAGACGACAACAUCUAUUACCAGACGUCGUCGUUGGGCGCGCUCUACGAGUCGUUCGUGUCAGAGUUCAAGGAGAGCGCCUCAUCGGGGGUGUUCGCAUCGUCAUCCUCUGCGCGUACGACGACGACGACGACGACCACCGCCACGUCGUCCACUACCACAUCCACGAGCCGAUCGUCGGCGCCGGCCAAGCGAAAGCGGGACGAAAGCGAACCGGCCUGGCCCGUGUCGGCCUCCGGCAGAUCAACCAACAAACGACCAAGAACGGCGGAGGCCGACACGGCCAGCCACCGAAAGGGGAAGAAGAAAGAAAAUGAAAGCGAACACGACGGCGAUGAGGGCGACUUCGUUGAAGAGAAGGGCACCAAAUCGAAGAACAAAGCUUCGUCAUCGGCGACGCGAGGGAAGAAGGGCGUCGCCGCCCCCGCCACAGCGACGUCGGCCACGACUGCACGACGACCAGAACUGAGCCUCGCGAUUCUGUAUCCGUCGAUGGACGCGGUGCGGAGCGCGCGGCCCGAGUACCGCGUGGGCGCCGGCUACCUGUUCCUGCAGGAGAAGCACUGGAGCGCCAAGUCCUUCCCGCGCGCCCUCUUCCACGACAUCUGGCCCUCGUCCCACCGCCCCGCACGCCACGGCAUCCUCCUCCACUCCAAGGUGGUGUGUCGGCUGGCGACGCACCGGUCGGGCCGACGCUACGGCUGGGUCUACGCAGGCUCGCACAAUCUGUCCGCCAAGGGAGGCACGCAGCUGUUCAUUUCCAACUUCGAGAUCGGGGUGGUGCUCAAACACCCCUACCAAGGAGCGCAGGCGGGCGAUGAAGGUGCAGACGACGACGACGACGACGUGGUGGUGGUGCUCCCCGCCGGUCCGGAGUGGGAGCGCAAUCUGCCCUUCAUGGUCCCGCCUCCGGCCUACACCGACGACAGCGAGCCCUUCAUCGGCGACAAGUACUUUUCCGGCGCCGGCCACUGA